AUGGGGUUCGUACAGCGCCUGUAUAAACGCCUACCUGCACUUUACACUUCGCCUGCAGUAGACGAUUACAAGAAUGAAAAGCCGAAGACGCUUUCAAGAUUAUCCUUCUUCCGCAGGCGCAUCAGGUUAAAAGGGAACUCGUCCAUAUCCAUCCCAUUGGGCUUCCUGCUCCUUUUCCCCAGCUUGGUCGUCUUAAUCAUCCUCAUUCUUGUCAUAAAACAUCCUAGCUCUCCGGGACGCAUAUUGGUCCCGGCUGGCACGCCUCCUUCAAUACGAAAAAUAAGUGAGAAGCACGAUCGAGUAUUUGCGACGGGAUGCCUGAACCCCGAAGACGCCGCGAAACAGCCACGUGCCAACGCGGCUUUUGUUGUACUUGCCCGAAAUAAGGAGCUGGAAGGCGUCAUUCAAUCAAUCAAGAGCAUCGAAAGGCAUUUCAAUCGAUGGUUCCAUUAUCCUUACGUUUUUCUCAAUGAUGGGGAAUUUGAGCAAGAUUUCAAGGACACCGUCACCAACUACACGAGUUCCCCUGUGGAAUUUGGCAAGAUUGACCCCUCGAUGUGGGGAUAUCCGGACUGGGUUGAUCAUGAAGUUGCAAGAGAGGGGAUUCGCAAGCAGGGAGACCUUGCAAUCAUGUACGGUGGCAUGGAGAGCUACCAUCACAUGUGUCGUUUCUACUCGGGAUUCUUCUACAAGCAUGAAUUGUUGCACAAGUACGAAUGGUACUGGCGCUUGGAACCGGAAAUCAAGUACUUCUGCGACAUCACCUACGAUCCAUUCAUCGAAAUGGCAAAGGCCAACAAAACUUACGGUUUCACCAUCGCCGUCAAGGAACUGAAGGAAACGGUGCCAAACAUCUUUCGUUAUGCUUCAGCUUACAAACGCAAGAACAACCUCCAGUCCCAAGGUCUCUGGGAAAUGUUCAUCGAGCCCCAGCCUGAAAAGGAAGCCGCGUCCGAUGAUAGACGAGCCAAAACAUUGCCGAAUGAGAUUCUUCAGACUGAACCCGGCCAUCAGAACAUCGAGGAUAUCGACGGAGAAUCGAUGGAGGGUGAGAAGUACAACAUGUGCCAUUUCUGGAGCAAUUUCGAGAUUGCCCGCUUGGACUGGUUCAGAAGCAAAGAGUACAAUGACUUCUUCGAGAUGAUGGAUCGAAGUGGAGGAUUCUGGAUGGAAAGGUGGGGAGAUGCCCCGAUCCAUUCUCUUGCGGCGGGAGCCCUCCUGGCCCCCCGCGAUAUCCACUAUUUCCGCGACUUUGGCUACCGCCAUACCACGAUCCAGCACUGUCCUGCGAAUGCUCCCGCCCGCCAAUUGCCCAGAAUACCCUGGCUAGAGAAAACCACCGAAGAUGAGAAAGAACGACAAGAAGAAGACGAAUACUGGGCCACGCCAGAUCCACCCAAAGAAAAUGGGGUUGGAUGUCGGUGCCGAUGCGACACUGACAUCCGAGACGUGGAAGGGAAAGAAGGCAGCUGUCUUGCUGAAUGGGUCGAAGUAGCCGGUGGGUGGGCUUCUCCCUGA